CAAAAAUUAAACCAACCAUUUCCCUUCACAUAUCACACAGACCAACAUAUCCAAAACCCCAUUUUUCCUUAGCUCACAUCACAUUUGUACACACACCACAGCCAUCACAAAGUGGGAGCUUACUAGAGACUAGUAAUGGCCUCAACUGCAUGCUUUUUGCACCACCAUGCACUCACUACUUCCACUGCCGCUAGGUCUUCCUCGUCCCAGCGCCAAGUGGUGAGCAUCAAGCCUAACCAGGUUGUGAUCUGCAGGGCUCAGAAGCAGUCUGUCCAGGAGGAAGACGGCGGCGCUAUCUCUCGCCGUUUGGCUCUUACCCUCCUCAUUGGUGGCGCUGCCCUUAGCACCAAGGUUGCACCUGCUGAUGCUGCCUACGGUGAAUCUGCCAAUAUUUUCGGAAAGCCGAAGACGUCAACAGAUUUCUUGCCAUAUGCUGGAGAAGGGUUCAAGGUGUCUAUCCCUGCAAAGUGGAACCCCAGCAAAGAGGUGGAGUUCCCUGGUCAAGUUCUGAGAUACGAGGACAACUUCGAUGUUACCAGCAACUUGACUGUCACAAUUAACCCAACUGACAAGAAGUCCAUCACCGACUUUGGUAGCCCUGAACAAUUCCUCACCCAGGUGGACUAUUUGCUAGGCAAACAAGCCUACUUCGGAAAGACUGAUUCUGAGGGAGGUUUCGACUCGGGUGCUGUGGCCACAGCCAACAUAUUGGAAUCUUCAACCCAAACAAUUGAUGGCAAACCAUACUACUUCAUCUCUGUGUUAACAAGGACAGCUGAUGGAGAUGAAGGUGGUAAGCACCAACUGAUCACUGCCACCGUGAAGGACGGCAAGCUUUACAUCUGCAAGGCCCAAGCUGGAGACAAGAGGUGGUUCAAGGGAGCAAAGAAGUUCGUCGAGAACAGUGUAACCUCUUUCAGUGUUGCCUAAAUAAGAAUCUAAAGAGGGUUUGUAUAUGUAAAUCACCUUGUUUAAGACUGAUGAAGAUUUGUGUCGAGCUCUCUAGUCUUUUUCUUUUUACUUUUUUCUCCCAAAUGUUUCAGAGUUGGUUAUGAUUGAGGGAAAUGGUUGGAGUAGCCUUCAGCAAAUUGAAAACAUUUUAUGGUAUAAAGAACCCUUUUGAAAUGAGUUUUU